ACCUCCUCUCACCUCUAGCUUGCCAGCCCUAAAGCAACACGACGCACUAGCUAGACCUUGUGCUCGCACACCGCUUAAACCUGCAGCUAGCUAUCCCUUUGAUCAUCAGCAGCACGCGGUCCGCGACAAUGCAGUACGGCGCGGCGGCGGAGCAGGCGUGGUACAUGCCGGUGGUGGCACCGUCGUCGUCUACCGUGGAGACGGCGGCGGAGCGGGUGGAGCGGCUGGCGUCGGAGAGCGCGGUGGUGGUGUUCAGCGUGAGCACCUGCUGCAUGUGCCACGCCGUGAAGCGCCUCUUCUGCGGCAUGGGCGUGCACCCGACGGUGCACGAGCUGGACCUGGACCCGCGGGGCCGCGAGCUGGAGCGCGCCCUCGCCUGCCUCCUCGGCGCCUCGGGGGCCUCGGCGGCGGGCGCGCCGCCGGUCGUGCCCGUCGUGUUCAUCGGCGGCAGGCUGGUCGGCGCCAUGGACCGCGUCAUGGCCGCUCACAUCAACGGCUCCCUUGUGCCCCUGCUCAAGGAGGCCGGCGCGCUCUGGCUGUGAUUUGAUCAGCGUACUAGCCAUUGCCGCCGCCGUUGCUGUUGGGAGAGGGGCUUGCUGAUAGUAGGGCAUGCAGAGGUUACUUAUUAAUACACCCACAGUAGUGAUCGAGUUAUUAAUCAUAGAGUGCGUAGUACGUCGUGCUUGUGUGUCUGUGUGUUAGUGAGGGAGAGAGAGAGGUCGGUGAUUUUUUUUACUGAUGCUGCCUCCGUCUUGUGUGUGGGAGCUAGCUAGUUAGACGACCGUACGUGGUUGCAUGCUCGAGCGUGUACGAGUGUGUGUGUGCACUGCUACUACUAGCUAGGUUUGGUCAGUGCUAGAAGAGAUCGAUCGGUUUAGUGUUCUUCUCUUCCAUGCAUCUUAUUAAUUAAUCAGUUUGGUUUGCCGUUCCCUUGCA